AUGUUGUGCUUGAAAAAACGAAGGACCUACAGCUUUACGCAGGGUGUUUGCGCGGCCAUUCCUAGACGAUCUAAAAAGGAUAAUAAUAAUUAUGAGGGAUCCUUGAUGAACAUGGCCAUUAUGACACUACCGCGUAAGAACAGGAGCAGAGAGGAGAGGCCAUCCAGAAUGGUUCUUACUGUGACAGAAGACACUCCGGCGGACAUGCUGGCUGGAAGUAUGGAGCUUCUGGUUCAACUACCUCGCGAUCAUCAUCUUCAUACGCAGAGAGUUACAGUGUUAAGAAGCACGCCAAUGAUGGAUCUUCUAGUGCAGAUCGCGACAGCCCAUAAAUUGACAGCUUCGAAUUAUACAUUGCAAGCGAUCGGUGAACAUGGCUUAGUUCUAUCUCAUCAUCCAAACACUCCUAUCGGAGCAUUGGACGUUCUUCAGGUUAAAUUACUUCCCAAACAGGGGACAUGUAUGCCACGUAAAACAAAGCAAGCUAAUCAACCUUUUGAAACGACAUUUAGAUUGCAGGUGCAUUUGCCAAGAAAUCAACUGUAUGUAUCGAGGGUCAGUCCGAAGAUGAACCUUGGAGAAAUUCUAGAUGAAGUAUGUCGUGAGAAGAAUCUGGACAAAAAUAAUUACGAGCUUCGUCAUCCAUCUAAUCUGGAAGAGACGUUGGACUUAUCGCUAUCGCUGCAGGACUAUCAUCUGCAGGAAGUGACUCUUUACGCAAAACAGGCCAAGGGUCUAGGUCCGUCAUUAAGUACGCAGGACAUAAUGGCGCUGCAGAGGCAAGAGGAGCGACGCCGGCAGCAGACCAAGCAAAGUGUGUUCGGUUUUAUGUUCAAAAAAUCCAAAGAGACCUCGCUUAGUACGGAUAGUCUCGGGGGUCGCAGCGUGUCACCGGCCAGAAGUGACGAAACUGCGAGAAGCGCCAGUCCCCUUCAGCCGCCAACUCGACCACAGAGAAAAAGGAGACCAGCUCCGAAACCGCCUACGCACGCCGUGCCUCCUGUUCAAGGUACGUCUGGGGACAGCGGCAAAGAUAAAAUGGUGAUCAAUCAUAGCCGGAACAGUAGCGACAGUUCCGGUUACCAUGAAGCCUCUGUGCUAAGCGAUAAUCCAGAUUUGGCCGCGAGACUACCGGAAACUCUGCCAAGGAGAAGCAAAGCACCUGGCAUGUCCAACACUUCCAGAAAACUCGCGCAAACUUCGCAGUCCAGUAAGAGUUUGAACAAUCUGGCGAUGACCGGUGGGACGCUUAGUCGGGGGAUCAGCAGCACUUCUCUCACUGGUCGAAAGAAGAGAGUAGCUCCUCCUCCGCCGACGCCCAGACCACUUUCGUCGGCUAUUUCCACGCAGGCAUUAGAACGCAUCGUCGACUCUGAGGAAUCAUUAACGUCCGAUAUGGAUCCUUCGAAACCGCCCUCGGACAUUGGUGCGCCAUCGAAAGCUAAUUCCGAUAUCGAUUGUCCCAAGGCUAAUUCCGACAUCGCCAUCAGCACGCAAUCUAUACUCGAGUUGGGCUAUGAGCCAAAGUCGGAAGCCACGACGUACGAAUUCGAUGACAACAUUCAGCAGAAUCGUACCGCGAAGACGGAAACGAAUGUCGAGGCAUGUUCUGAAACAGAUUCGGUCAGCCAUAAGCUUGUUAAAGCGGAUGUGGAAGUGAUCGCGCCUGUAGAAGCCUCCCCAAAAGUAGAGCAAGCUAGAAUAGUAACAAAGAAAGUUGGAGAACCUGUACCCCUUCCCAUGCCUCGAAAGGUUAACACGUGUAAGAUUAGCGCUUCAGAACAUCCAAAGGCACCUAAACGUAAAGUGAUUCCACCCUUGGCACCACCUAGAACCUUGAGCAUGGAACGCGAUCAUAUAAACAGUUUAUCACGUGAACGUGCAAACCUUAAAAAUGAAACACAUUGCUACAAUUUAAAUACCGACAAUAUAUCGUCGAUGGAAGAUGAUCUUGUUAGACACAUUAAGCGAGAAAGGAUACAUUCGAAGUCAAAAGUCGAUUCUAUACCUUUCAAAGAAGAUCAGAUGGACCAAAUAGAAAAAACAAAGAUCGAUGACAGAGUGUCUUUAAAAUCAAGUCAAUAUCCCAAUCAUAAAAUGGACAACAAUUUUGAGUUAGCCAACUCUAAUUGUAUGGAAUCAAUUAUCCCUAUUAAUCCAGAAACACAUUUUGAAGAUAAGUUUAGCAAAAAGGACGAAAUACCAGAGAUUGUCGAUGUAAAAGAUCAGGAAUUAUUAAAUUUGAGCCAACAUUUAAGUAAGGAAGAAAAUAUUGGUUUACAUUCUGAUUCCAUAGAGUUAAAUGAAUUGCAAAGAAACCUGUUAUUACUGGAACGUAAUGUUACUUCCAAAGAAGAAGAGAAUAUUUUACAACAAGAUUGCAAGAUAAAAUCUAAAAACAUGGAUUCUUGUGACGAAAAUGAAAAUCAGGACGAUAAAUCAUACGUGUUAUCGAAUUCUCUGAACAAAAGUAUGCCCAAACCGGACAUGAUUGAGGUGAAAAGCGAACAACUGAAGCCAUCGCAUUAUCAACCUGCUUGCCAAAGACCACCCAGAGCGCCGAGGAAAAGAAUUACUCGCGACGAGAUUGAAACAGGGAAAUAUUUGCGUCCAAAAGAUGCGACGAGUGGCCCAGAAAUGAAGAGUGGGUUUGAAAGAAACAAAGAUACGUGCACGGUGAUCUCCACUAUACCAAAGUGCGAUCAUUUCGAUGUCAUUAGAGAAGACGAUACUUUGAACGACAUCAUAAAAUGUAACAUUGCGGAAAAUGCCAAUGAAUCGAGCCCAAAACUUGGAAUUGAAGGUCGAGGCGAAGAAUCGAACAACGUGAAGAUCACGAAACGGACGAAAGUGAUUCGAAGCCAGUCCAGCUCGGAUGAUUUUGAAAUGGAUACCUUGAAGAGACAGAAGCGAUAUCUCACUUCGCCUCCGGAGGACAUCGUGCAUGCUCUGAAUCUGAAUUUCUCUGCCGGGAACUCAAUAUCUUCAAGUGCGUCACAAAGCACAGAGCAGGAGCAAAUUAAUGCGGGGCAUUGCAUUAAUCGUACAAGGGAUGUGGAUGUAAAUGAGAGAGUUACAGAUAAUCAGGAUGCUCCAUCUGAAACCGAUAUCCUGCUGCAGAAAGUAUCAGACACCUUAUCAAGUGUGCUACCGACCUCAUCGUCUCCAAUACCGGAAAUAUCGUUGCCGUUUAAAUCGAGUUGUACAACUGCAUCUAAGCAAGCAGACGUCGCCAUUCUCGACGAUUCCACGAUCAAAUCGGAACCUGUCGAUAUCAAGGAUGAGUCGAACGAGAUCUACAAGUCGUGUGUCGACCUCCCAGAAAAUACUUUGAGCGCUAGCACACCAAAUAUGACUGCGACAGCGGGUUCGCAAGUGAAUACCUCUGAUUAUGUGUCAGCGAUGAGCGAGGACCUGUCGAUCAGCGAUUGGGAAUAUCAUCUUCCGGCUCCACCAAGUGCCUUUCGCGAUUCACAUUCCCCUGUCUUCGACACUGAAUACGACACAAUCACGCUAGGAUCGGUAGAGGCCUUCAAGGACCCGCCAGGAAGCCCGGUUCCAGAGUCCGUUGAUGCGACAGACAACAGUAAGAAUAUCGAAUCGACGAGGAACUUAUUGAAUAGCUCGGAGGCAGAUUUUCAACUUCAAAGAGCUUCAAGUGGAAAAACGGACUUGGCGUCCGAAACGGAAAUCGAUGAACCAAUACUGGGCAGAUCUGUCGAGCAAAUGUCCGUCGUGUCCCACAAGAGAAAAGCCGAUCCAGAUUUGCGGAGGGAAAUUAUUUCGGAAUUGGAGAGCAAAAUAGAGACUGGAGCAUUAGCGCAGACUAUCAAUAGGGAUUUUGAUCGGAAAAGCACGAGCAGCUUAUUAGCACCCGUGGACAAUACUUUAUCCAACUUUACGAUCACCACUUAUACCAAACAGAACAGCAUAGACAUUUUCGAGGAGUUUGCGGAGUCCAGAAACUCGGAUGACAGAUUUAUUAAAACAUUUGCCACGCUUUCGAGGAGCAAAGCAGAAGAUAAUGAUAAGAAAAAUACGACGAAAAGUAUGCAUUUAAUUAACAACAUAUCGCGCGAUAAGGAGACGACCAAGUUCGAAGAAUCGAACGCUCUUAAUCUCGAUUUGUCCCAAAGUGUCCCAAUCCAAAAAUGUUACAAUCAAAAUGAGUUGACCCCUAGAUUGCAGUCUCUUAACGAAAAGACUAAUAUUCAGCGAUCCAAGAGUUAUAUCUCGAUAUCCAGUAACGCCAAGUACCAGACAGAUGUGCAGAAAAUUGAGAGAAAGCACGAGCAGGGGAUUAUUGAUGAAAGAAAAUCUACGAAUAUCACAGAUUUAAAUGUCGACGUAUUGCGGGGCAACGAAAAGUUUUCGCAGUGGAGAGACAACGUGUUAAAACAUCAGAAGGAACCUAGCAAAGAGAAGCAAUUACAAUCAUUGCAGGUGCUGAAAAGUAUUUUACCGCAGUUGAAAAAUGCUCAACAAGCGGAAGAAAAUAUAUCCAAAGAAUACAGUAGCGCAUUAUUGACUGAAAAAAAAUACGAGCCUGAACCCAACGAACAUUUGACCAAAACGAAUGCAGCUUCAACACUGGAAUCUCAAGAUUUAGACUCGGAAUGUAAACAAUUGUCGAAGGAAAAAAAUACGAAACGUUAUGUUUACACCGGUCCACCUGCGAUCAGUCUGGGCAGUUGGUCGGAAAGACCCAGCGUCAAUGUCCAAAUUAAAAUGGAUACCGAUUACAAACUAGGAAGAAACAAUACGAACAGCAGUAAGACUAUUGUUAAUAUUAACAGCGCAAAAAGCGAGAAAGAUUUCACGAAUUAUGCCAGCAACGUCAGCAAUAAAAAUAACACCGCUAAGCACGAGAUUAACGUGAAUUCUUCGGCGAAUAAAAAUCCUGAUGAACUCACGAGAAAGCUGAUUACACACACAACAGCGUCGGGCUUCAAGGCACCAAUGCCGAACCGAGUUAACGCAUUCGAUUCGACGAAGAACAAGGAUAGACCUUUCGUGAUGGGGGUCGAGUUGAAGAAGACAUUCGUUGAGCUGCCGAAGAACAGUGAGAACGAAAUCGAUACGCCAAUAAAUUUCAGAGAAUUGACAAAUUCGUUCGGUCAGAAUGUGAACUUUAAGCAGAAGCCUAAACGCACUAAUCUUAAUAGACACUCGGCGAAUUGCGAUAUACAGUUGGAUAAAAUAGAAGGAACGGUAGACACGAGUGUCAAGCAAAACGGUCACCCCAAGUUUGCCAAGGCACCUAAUCAGAAUGACCUCUCUUCCAAGAAUCAGUCCUGGAUGCACGAUAUUCAGGAGAACUCACAGGCAAAGAGAUUCACGUCCGUCGUGGGCGUAAAUGGGACGAGUCAAAAUUUCAGGCCGCAAAAUGAAACGUCUCUCAAGUGUAAUAUCAGUAAUAGUAUAAGGAUCAAUCCACCGAUGCCUGUUGUAAAGGGAUUCAAGAUACCUAUUGGCGACUCCAAGAUGAAUAACAAUCAAAUAAAGCAUAAGGAACUAUCAGCAAUGGAUAGUUACAAUGAUAUUCAAUCUUGUAAACCUCCAACCAUGCCAAUAAUAACGGGAGUAACGCUGAAAAAUACAAGCACAAGACCCAAAUCGGCACCGGUUCAAUUAGAUUCUAGGGAUACGCUGUUGGAGUCUAUCAGGAAUUUCGGCGGACGUGAAAAGUUAAAAAGUAUCGCUGGGAGAUAUUAAUUUGUGUGCUGUUGUGUGUUAUUGAGUCUUUAUAAAUAAUCACUUAUAAUAAGCACAGUGAUUUUGGAUAUAGUAAAGAAUUCGUUUAAACCGAAAUUUGUGUAACUUCAAGAUUUCUGAGUGUUUUUUUUUUAUUUCAUUAGAUAUAAAUUUAUUGCAUUUGUUUUCAGAUUAAAUGUUAAAGCUCUAUUUUUUUUGUUUAC